CCUCACCUCGCGGUUCCCGCGUACCCGUCGCUGCUGGGAGUUCUUGCUGGAUGGCCGUUGCUUGAGUGGAACGUAUAAACCCGACCUGGUGGUGAUUUUAUAUCUAGCCAGCUGGCAGCCAUGAACGAAUGGAUGAGGAAAGGCCCCUUAGAGUGGCAAGAUUACACGUACAAAGAAGUCAAAGUGACAGCCAGUGAGAAGGAGUAUAAAGGAUGGGUUUUGACCACAGACCCAGUUUCUGCCAAUAUUGUCCUUGUGAACUUCCUGGAAGAUGGCAGCAUGUCUGUGACUGGAAUUAUGGGCCAUGCUGUGCAGACCGUUGAAACUGUGAACGAAGGGGACCACAGAGUCAGAGAGAAGCUGAUGCAUUUGUUCACUUCUGGAGACUGCAAGGCCUACAGCCCUGAGGAUCUGGAGAAGAGAAGGAAUAGCCUAAAGAAAUGGCUCGAGAAGAACCACAUCCCCAUCACAGAACAGGGAGAUUCACAAAGGACUCUGUGUGUGGCUGGGGUUCUGACUAUAGACCCGCCCUAUGGUCCAGAAAAUUGCAGCAGUUCUAAUGAGAUUAUUCUGUCCCGUGUUCAGGAUCUUAUUCAAGGACAUCUUGCAGCUUGCCAGUGAGAGGCCAAGAAUUGUGGAUUCAUCGAUUGAAAUAACACUUCAUUUUUAUUUUUUCCUUCAUAAAAUGUUUUGAAUGUUAAAUCCACCAUAUUAUAAGACUUCAAAGCCAA